CUGCAAUCAGCCAAUUUUCAAUAUGAACAAUAAUGAUCACAAACAAAAUUGUGACCUUCCUUGUAACUCUAAAAUCAUAGGCGAUACAUUUUCAAUUAGGGCAAGGGACAGAUGGAGGCUACUUAGAGAUUGGAUCCUUCAAUAUAAAUCUUACAGCUACAAUCAACCAAGUAUAUAUUCGAAUAUUGACAGAAUAUUUGGAUACAGUCUUCUCAAAAGGUCGGGAUCUUUUUCGUCUUGUAUAAUAGAGCAGGUUCUUUAUUUACCCAGAGAAAAUGAGCGGAUUGCGAUUAAAACACCCUCGAGCAUCAAAUUUUACGAUCUGAAAGAAUUUAAACUGAUGAACGAAGUACUUUUGACGGGAAACAAAAAUAAAAAUGCUUUUAGUCAAAGUUAUAACCGUUUAGCCUAUGCAUCAAAAGUGGACGUUUUCAUUGGUUGGAAACCUGGUGGAAAUACGUUAUGGCCUUUAUCAUGUGAAAAUCUUGAGAAUAUUGGCAUCCCAUCUACAACUAAGAAUCAGUUGAUUGGUGUAUUUUCAAAUUUUGAUUCAGGAAGCAUAUUUUCGUUGGAAAUAAGAUCGUUUAAAACAUUUUCGGAUGACUAUUGUUGGAUUAUAUUUGCAAGGCACUGGCAGUUUCAGUUUACUGAAAUUCAACUUAUACCUAAUAAAUGUGUACCAGUUUUGAUACUUAAGGAUCGUAUCUCAUUUAGUUUUCCAACUUGUCAAGAAGAAUUAUUUACAAAAAUCAUGACAUGUCCUCUACUUGGAACUCUUCUUGAAACAUAUGAAUUUCCAUCAGAAUUAAUCAGUUUCGAAGAGAAAUGUAGUCAUAACUGUAAACUUUUAAUUGCAUGGAAAUGUUCUGCUUGGUUACGUUGUAUGCAAUUUAACAGAUAUUUUAGUUCCAUAUCCCACAAUAGUGAUUGUGAUGAGACUGAUGGAAAACUAUUAGAAACGAUCGAUUUUCAAACCUUUGAAAAUUCUAUGAUCAACCACAAAUCACAAAUUACGGCUGUUCUUUACAUUAGCCCAUUAAAUAUUUUAAUUACUGGUGAUAGAUGUGGAACAAUUAAAACAUGGAAUACUGACCAAGUUCAAUUAUCAGUACUUCAUGGUCACUUGGGAGAAAUUAUCCAUUUUUCAUCACAUAGGUGGGAUUUAAUUAGACCACAAAAAUUUUCUUCCAUGUCUCCAAGUUUUGUUUCUAUAAGUAAGGAUGGAUUGAUGAAAUGUUGGCAGUUCUGGCAAUCAGACUAUGUAUAUCUGAAAAAUGAUAGUUAUGAAUUUUCAAACCCGUCAAGAAUUGUAUCAGAUAAUGGAACUAAGGAGAAUACCAUCAAAGAAGUAGAUAGUAGACAGACACUAAUGAAUUUGUAUUCAAAGGUUCUGUCUACAAAGACUUCAGCAUCACACUCAGUACACACUAUCCAUGACAUUACAGUGAAAAGAGACACUGGUGAACUUUUUUUAGUUGGAGUAUAUGAAGACAUCAAUUCAUGUAAGAUUCAUGAGGAACGCCAACAGGAGUAUUACUUGGAACACUGGACAAUAUCUGAGCCUUGUUCACCGAUGGCCGAAUUUCCACAAACAGUUAAAAAUAUUUCAUUUAUAAGAUUGAAUGAUUUAUAUGAUAUUGUUAAUCCAAAAGCCAACAAAUCAUCUAAUCUGGCUGAAUAUCAAAAUGAUAAUUCGAUUAAUGUAGCAGUUGUUAUAUGUGAAGGAAAACCUGGAAGUGUACAUUUACUUUCCACGUUGGACGGAUCCAUUUUAACAACAGCUGUAUGCGAAGAUACAGUUGAAGAUGCUACUUGGCAUUGGAUGUUAGAAAAAUUGUUUAUUUUACAAAGCAACGGAGACAUCGCUGUAUUUUCCACUUGUAGUCGGCCAUGUAACCUACUUUCUAUAUGGUCAUCAUCUGACCAUGAUGUGUUUUACCGUGGUCCACUCUUACUUUACCCAGUACAUUGUCCAGAUUACUUCAAGCUAUUUUUGGAAGAUGACAAAUCCAGCGAUUGUUUACCACCGGUUAUUUUUUUACUGUUGGUUGGUCAGUCCGAUGGAUCUUUAGUUGUAUUAUGUACCAAAGAAGGAGUCGUAAUGAGCACAGCUCCAAAGUAUUCAACGACCAAAUCUUCAAAUAAUCCCCCAGAAGUUGAUCAGAAACAACAUAUAUCUUCAAUUAGAUCAAAUCCGAUAUUCGGGAGAUUAUACAUUAUCACCUUAGAUGGAACAUUAAAAGUAUGGCAAUUGAUUACACCUUUACCAAUCGGUGUGCAAAUACAAAAACUGGACAUUUUUCAAAGGAAUAAACCAAAUUUACGUGCAUAUUUCACACGUUUUCCAUUUAAAAUUAUUAAUAAUACUGACAUCUAUUGCAUUUAUACAGCUAAGAAUCAUUCAUUUCCCAAAGUAAAGGAAACUGAUAUUAAUUGUGUAACUAAUUCUUGUUGUUACAAUGUGGUCUGUGCUGAAGUGGCUAAUCCAGGUGAUAUUUAUUCUAUGUUCAAUUUCAUAACAUCACGUUAUUUUGACUCAGCUUAUUUAAAUCAUGAGAAUACAACUUUGGUUAAAGAUAUUUGUAUUGGCUUAACAAAUAUAAGCAUGUUAAAUAAACGUUUUGAAAAAUCACCCAUGAUUGAACAAAUAUUUCUAACAGUAACUACUGAUCCUGUUGAACAAGAAAGCCUUUAUUUAAAAGUAUGGCAAACAACAUUUGAUUACAAUAUGGGAAAUGAUUAUCAUGUCAGAAACUCUAACAGUUUGGAACGAACAUCUACAAAAGCAUUACAACGUCUACAAAUGUUAGUUGAUAGUGGAGACACCAAUAUCGUCUGUUUAAAAUGUAGUCUACAGUUGAUAAAUACACUUAGAUUACCAUUUCCAACCGGACCAAGAAUCUCUAAAGCUGUUUGUAGAAUCGUCGGUAUUCAAUUAAAUGGUGAUAUUUUAUUGACAAUCAAUAAUAGUGUAUAUUUACUUCACUAUAAAACAUUGAAUAAGUAUUUUAAAUUAAGAUCUUAUUUAUUAAAUUUAAUGAAUCAAUCUACUGAAAAUAAGAUGAUUCCAGAAAUAUUACAAAACGUAAUAAGAAGAAGAGAAUGGAAUGUAGAUGGAUUAAAGAAAAUGAAUGAUGUAACUUUGUCUUGGUAA